AUGGCCGUUACGCGCUCUGAGGGAAGGGGCAGCAAGCCGUCGUCGUCCAAGGCUACCACCUCGGCGACCGGUACCACCAGUGCGGAAGCCAGUACGGAAUCAACAGCUACAGGGACGACCGCCACGGAGACUUCGGAGUAUACAGACACCUCCGCGGCGACUGAUCCAUCCACCGUGACUUCCGCCACCGCAGCGACCACUUCGUCCGCCGCCACCUCAGCCUCAGCCGCAACCGCCGCCCCCGCCACGCACCCCGCCAGCGCCGUCGCUCCUUCCGUAACACCAUCCGCGGCGACGACACUAACUGCGGGUGCGAAGGCCAAACAGCUGAUGAAGCCGCCCGCUACUGUCACCAGAGCAACUCACCGAGAAACAGAAACUUCUACAGUGAAGCGAGCCAUAAGAAGCAUCGCCGGUCCAUCAAAGCAAACCGGGCUACAGGAACCCCGCCCGCCCAGCAAGAAGGGAGGUGGAGGGGGAUCUACACGCAGUAGAACGAAGCAGCUCAAGCUUGCAAAGGCGAAAGAAGAUUUACUACGCCUUCAAGUGGAAUUAGCCGCAGCACGCCUUGCUGCCUUAGAAAGGGAAGACUCAGAAGAGGAGGAGGAAGAAGAAGAUGACGCAUCCCUCUACUCAAGAUCAGAAGUCAAUACAAGAGUGGACGACUGGUUGGAGAAUCAAGUGAAUCGCCCGGUGUUAGCAAUCACCAACGAACCUCACCAUGCCAUAGAAGAACCAACAGCCGCCCACGUAGAAGAACCAAGGCACGAAGAAACACAUCAGUCACCGGCGGGAGGUCAAACUGACGUAGCCCUCCUGGCUGAAGCCAUCACUCGGGCUGUCAGCGCCGCCCAACGACCUAAGUUCGUCGAGUUACCAUUCUUCAGCGGGUCUCAUCAGGAAUGGCUACCCUUUCGCGCCGCCUACUACGAGACAGAAGCGACAUUCAGCGUAGUUGAAAAUACGAAUCGACUCAGAAGAAACUUGAAAGGGAAGGCCAAGGAAGCAGUUGAAGGCCUACUUAUGACCAACGCACACCCGGCUGAAGUAAUGAAGACUUUGGAGUCAAGAUUUGGAAGACCAGAGUCAAUAGCCAUGCUGGAGAUGGAGACGCUUAGAGGUCUGCCGCGCCUUACUGAGUCACCAAGAGACAUAUGCAUAUUCGCCACCAAGAUCUCCAACGUAGUGGCGACACUGAAGACUUUGGGUUGUUUUAACUACAUGUACAAUCCUGAACUCGCGAAGACAAUAGUAGACAAACUGACGCCAACUCUGCGUUAUAGGUACUACGACUUCUCAGCCAUGCAGCCACGUGAAGACCCUUGCCUCAUCAAGAUAGAGAAGUUCUUCAAAAGGGAAGCAGAACUGUGUGGACCCUACGCGCUGCCCGAACAGAUGACACCGCCUAUUACAGCCGCACCACAAAGGAAGACUCAAAGGAUCAACAACGUGACUGAGAAGACAUACAUACCAAGAUGCGUCGUAUGUGAAGAUACGGGGCACACCAACGCCACAGAAUGUGAACAAUUCAAGAAGUUAGAUGCAAAUGCAAGAUGGGACAUGGCCAAGUCCAAGCGCCUCUGCUUCAGGUGUCUUCGCUAUAGGAACAAGACACACCACUGCCGACCCAAGCCAUGUAAUGUCAACAGCUGCAAGUACUCUCACCACAAGAUGCUGCAUUACGAAAAGAAGUCAGAAGAUUCAGAAGCAAAAGAAAAUCAAGGGGCAACAGAGGUCAUCAACUCAACCUGGACCGUCAAGAAGCAAUCAUAUUUAAAAAUCCUACCGAUCCAGGUCAAAGGACCAAAAGGAGCUGUCAACACCGUCGCGUUGAUGGACGACGGCUCAACAGUCACGCUCGUCGACGAUAGUAUAGUAACAAGCGUCGGAGCAACGGGCCCCAUAGACCCACUGAAGAUAGAAACCAUCAACGACAAGAAAGUAUCGGAGUCAGCAUCGAGGAGAGUCACCAUCAAACUAAAGGGGCUCAACGAUCAUGAAGAACAAAUACAAGCACGCACAGUGAAGAACCUGCAAGUCUCAUCUCAACGGGUCCCACAGGAUCUAGUGGAGGAGUGUCAACACCUCUCUGAUAUCCAAGGACAUCUCACAUAUGCAAACGCCAAGCCACGAGUGCUGAUCGGACAAGAUAACUGGCAUCUUCUGCUGACAUCGGAAGUAAGAAAAGGAGAGAAGAACCACCCAGUGGCAUCUCUCACGCCACUAGGUUGGGUACUCCACGGCAGCCAGACACGAAGCUUCGGACGGAACAUCGAUUUCGUAUCACACAUCGUAGAAGAUCCAGAGGAGAAUCUAGAAGACCUCGUGAAGCGAUACUUCGAGAUGGACGCACUUUGUAUAAAGCCCAAGAGACCGAAGACUGAUCCAGAAGAACAAGCACUUCGUAUCUUGGAAAGGACCACAACGAAGACAGAAGAAGGAAGAUUCCAGACCGGUCUUCUCUGGCGCAAAGACGAUGUCAAGUUACCAGACAAUUACGAAAACUCACUGAAGAGGCUCUUCAACAUAGAAAAGAAGAUCGAUCGUGACCCCACGUUAAAGAAGAAAUACGUGGAACAAAUGAACGCUCUCGUCGCAAAGGGGUACGCCGAACCCGCCCCAAAACAGAAGACAGCUGACAAAACUUGGUACCUACCUCACUUUGCAGUAGUCAACCCAAUGAAACCGGAGAAAUUACGGGUGGUACACGAUGCCGCAGCCAAGACCAAAGGAGUGGCACUUAAUGACAUGCUACUCAAAGGGCCCGACCUACUACAAUCGCUACCAGGUGUCGUCAUGCGCUUCCGACAACACAUCAUCGCGGUUACGGCGGACAUCAAAGAGAUGUUCAUGCAAGUCAAGUUGCGAGAACAAGACAGGGACGCACUGCGGUACCUAUGGCGUGGGAUUCGACGAGACAACCAACCUCCGGAAGAGUACAGAAUGACAUCAUUAAUUUUCGGAGCAUCGAGUUCGCCUUCGACAGCAAUAUACGUCAAGAACCUAAACGCCAAACAGCACGGGGAAACUCACCCAGAAGCCGCAGCGGCCAUCAUAAUGAAGCAUUACGUCGACGACUACUUGGACAGCUUCAGAACCCUCGAAGAUGCCAAACGCAUCACGAAGAGUGUACGAGCCGUGCACAUGAAAGCCAGCUUCGAGUUGAAACAGUGGAAAUCAAACUCAGCAUCACUCCUAGAAACACUUGGAGAAGACAGCCAGACAGAAGACAUGGAACUCUACAAAACAGAAGAAAAGAUGGAACGAGUUCUGGGUGUUGUUUGGAAGAUCCACUCGGACGAACUCACCUUCAACCUCAACUUAGCCAGAAUACCCUCAACACUCCUAGAAGGGAAGCAGCCGACGAAAAGGGAAGCACUGAGAAUAGUGAUGUCGCUCUUCGACCCGCUCGGAUUCGCCUCGCCUAUCACCAUCAGGGCAAAACAACUCCUCCAGGAAGUCUGGCGUAGAGGAACAGCAUGGGACGACAAGAUCGACGAAGACCUGGCAGAGCAGUGGAAAAUGUGGAUGGAGCAUCUGGAAGGCCUCCACGAAAUAGCAAUCCCGCGACAAUAUCUUCACUACAGUGACGCGGCCUCCCUAGAACUCCACAUCUUCAGCGAUGCCAGCGAGUCAGCUUAUUCGGCGGUCCUCUUUUGGAGAGCUGUAACAGCAGUAGGCGAGGUCCACCUAUCCCUUAUUGUGGCGAAAGCAAAGGUGGCACCGUUAAAACUGACGUCCAUCCCAAGAUUGGAGCUACAGGCAGCAGUCAUGGGCACCAGGCUCGCAGAAACAGUAGUCGAAGAACACGAGAGGAAACCUGACCGCAAAGUAUUCUGGACAGACAGCAAGACAGUACUAACCUGGAUAAGGACAGGGUCACGUUCAUAUAAGCCCUACGUGGCUCACCGUCUAGCAGCAAUAGAAGAGAGUUCCAAAGUUAACGACUGGCGCUGGGUUCCGACAAAGCUGAACGUGGCGGACGACGCCACACGAGACGUACCAGCAGCAUUUAAUAAAGAACAUCGAUGGUUCAAAGGGCCUGACUUCUUAUACCUAACAGAAGACUUCUGGCCGACAGAAACCACAAGAGCAACAGCGGAAGAACCUUCCGACGAAGAAAGGACACAUUACGUGAGCAACAAAAGAAGAUUGAGGCUUGCCGAAGGUCUACCUGAUCCAGCGAAGUUCUCCAACUGGGACCGACUCCGAUACUCAACCGCACGUGUUCUACAGUUCAUUCAACUCUGCAGAAACACCAAACAGAGAGUCAACUACAAACUAGAAACUAGAAAUGGGCCGACUCCCCCAGGAAAGGACCACCCUCUCACAGAAUGCCAGCGUAAAAUAGCAGGUUAA